UUUAAGGGGGAGUUCCAAUUUUGUGAUCUGUGUUUCUGGCCAGCCCUCUUUUUUAAUUAUUUUGAUGUCCGUUUGUGAGCUUUGGAAUAAGUUGCUGAGACCGUCAGAAUUCGGUGGCCGUCAUGACGUCGCUAGAAAUUAAAUUUCAGAAAUUGGCUGUAAGGGACAGGCAGAUUAAUAAAUGUGUGGGUCAUUGGGGAAAUAAAGAAUCUCACACACACACACCCCAACACACCUCGAAGACUCCAGAUCCAUCCAGAAUACUGAAUUAAGCAAAGUGGGAAGACAUCAAAAGUGGGAGUUAGACUUUGAUUCGAUUUAACAAAACAGACCUAACAAUGUUUAUUUGGUGUUAGGGUGGUUUAUACGCAGGUGUCUUAAUAUUUGCAUAAAUGAUUUCCAGAGGUUUCAUGUCGCGUAGCAAGCUGUCACAUCGGCAGGGCAUUUUAGAGUGUCCCUAUACAGGGGCAGAGUAGCUGUUGAGGGCCAGGAGGUGGAGUCCAGCACUGGAUGUUGGUUUUCCAUCCUAAACCAUGAUUCACAGGUAAAGUGUUUUCCCAAGCACCAAUAUAUGUGCCAUGGAUAAGUAGCAGGGUUACUGCCUAGUUCCCUAUACAGGUAGUCCUCAACUUAAUGGCCACUGAAAAAAGGGACGUAUAACCAUUUUUCACACUUAAUGACCAUUGUGUGUCAUUCCAUCAAAAUUCAGUCGCUCGGCACCUGACUCGUAUUUACAACGGUCACGGUGUCCCGUGUUCACGUGAUCCCCUUUUGACUUAAUAAUUGUGGCAAGGAAAGUCCUCCCAAAAUGGGGCAAACCCCACCUAGUAACCGUCUCGCUUCACGACAGAUUUGGGGGUCGUAAGCCGAGGACUUCCUGCACAAAACGGGGCUUGAGUGGUGGGCUUCCCAGCGUGGGAAGCCCACCCACCCCUACCCCAGUUUGGAAACAGCGGGCUUUAAUCUUUGAAAUGUCAAGCUGAUCAAUAGACGUUCGGUGGCGGGAAUGAAAAACCGGGGACUGCUUUUAGCUUUGUGAGAAUGUGAGUGUGUGUGUGUGUGUGUUGUCCUGCUUGGCUGCUGUGUGUGCCGAGCAGUGGGAAGGAAGAAAAGAAAAAAAACCAGAAGAAGAAAAAUUACAGAAAGUCGGGAAGGGAAUGUUCCCAAGGCGGGGAUGAGAACCACAAAGAAGACGGAGCGACAGGAGACGGAGUCAAGAACGCUCUGUUGUUUCAGGAACUUCUCGAGAUGUUGAGCAGGCCUUCUUCACCGGAUCUGCCACUCUCUUGGUUCCUGGUCUUCCUGGGGAUGGUCUUCUUGGUGGGACCUGGAUGGAGUUGCUCCUUCAGGUGCAAAUGUUUGGUUCAGGAGAAGGUUGUCUUCUGCAACAGCCGGAAUCUGACCACUGUGCCCGUCAAAAUCCCCCCGGAUUCAGAAUUCUUGGACUUAAGCCAGAACAGCCUCCGUACCCUCCACCAGGGCAUGUUCUCCCGUCUCCAAGCCCUCAAAGAGGUGGACCUCAGCUAUAACACCAUCUCCAACAUUGAACAGGGGGCCUUCAACGGCCUUCAGAAGAUCAUGACCCUCCGACUAGCAGGCAACAAGUUGAAGAUGAUCCCAGAUGGGGUCUUCACGGGGCUGCCCAACCUCUCCGUUCUUGACCUGCGGGAAAACAAGAUCCUCAUCUUGCUGGAUCACUCCUUCAAAGAUCUCUUCAGCCUUGGACAUCUAGACAUAAGGGACAAUCCUCUGGUCUUGAUUUCAGGUCAGGCUUUCCGAGGCCUCCAACAUCUGCGGAGCUUCACGCUGCAAAAAUGCAACUUUACCAGCCUGCCCACAGAGGCCCUCUCCCACCUUCAACAUCUGGUGGAGCUCCAUCUGAAUGUUCUCAACCUCAGGGUCCUCCACAACUAUUCCUUUCGGAAGCUCCAUCGCUUGAAAGUUCUGGAGAUCAACCAGUGGCCUUUUUUGAAAACCCUGGAGCCUCAAAGUCUCUCUGGCCUCAACCUGACUUCCUUGUCCAUCGUCAGAAGUAACCUGCAUGAUGUUCCUUAUAGGGCCAUCAAGUCCCUGGCCCACCUCCGUUUCCUCGACCUCUCUUACAAUCCUAUCUCCAUGAUCCGUGGAAGGAAGUUGCUGGAUCUCUCCCGUCUCCAAGAGUUCCACCUUACGGGGGGCCGACUGAUCACCAUCCAGGCCGACGCUUUUGAAGGCCUCGUCCAUUUCCGUCUCCUCAACAUCUCGGCCAACCACCUGCAGACCCUUGAGGAAAGGGUCUUCCAUUCGGUGGGGAACCUGGAAGUCCUUCGGCUGGACCAAAACCCCUUGACCUGUGACUGCCGCCUCCUUUGGAUCUUGAAGAGGCGGCAGAGGUUGAACUUUGAGGCUCAAAUGCCCAUCUGUGCUGUCAGCUCAGAAGAAGGAGAGAAAGUCUUCCAUGACUUCUCCAGGGCUCUGCCACAUCACUUCACCUGUCGGAAGUCUACAAUUGAGGACAAGGCCCUCCAGAAAGUGGUUGUUCAUGAAGGAGAGCAGGCCAGCUUGACUUGCAGCAGUGAUGGAGACCCACCACCCAUCGUUUCUUGGUUGAACCCUCAAAACGUCACCCUAGACUCAACCCACAAAGGCCGGUCAACCGUCCUUCCUGAUGGGACUCUUAAGAUUCAGUUCGCCCUCCUUGAAGACAGUGGAUUGUACCGUUGUGUUGCGAGCAACACAGCCGGCAAUGAUUCUAUGGUAGCUUCUUUGAAGGUCCUUGUUCCUCUGUUCAACCAGUCCCUGGUCUGGAAGGACUUCGGUCUGCGCAAUAGAACGGUGAUAUCCUCCCUCUUUUUCAUCCACGCCAGCAUCUGGCUGGGCAUCUUGGUCAUCGGGAUUGUCCCCUUUCUCUGCUCCGUCCUGCUUUGCUUCUCCUUCAUCUUCCUCUACAGUAGAGGCAGAGGGAACGUCACCCACCAGGUGAUUCACGCCGAGACCCAUCCCUCCCGAGGUUACAAGGCCAUCGUGGGCCAGCGAAGAACUUCUCCCAAAAAAACACGAAGAACUUCUCCCCCCAAAAGCUGAGAUGAACACUUGAGCUCUUUCCUGGUGCAAGUCCUCCUUCCAUUCUUCUUCAUCCAGAAGUCCAAGCAGGCAAUUGGAAGGGGACUGUUGGAGAAUCACAGCCAUUUCUUCGGUUCACCCCAAUAUGCCGUCUUUCUCACCUGGAAUUACAGCUAGGACACAAAAAAAAAUUAAUAAUAAUAUCCGAGCAACAGAUUGAGCAACAUCUCCUUUGCCAUUUUUGUUAAAACAUAAAUAGUAAUCAAACUUUUUGACAAACAGAGAAACAAUUCUGUAAUUACAGAAAAAAAAGAUAUGAAUUCACAUUUAUCCAAGACACAGAGACUUCGUCAGCCCAGCCCAUUUGUUA